GGAGCGGUAUGGGUUUGUGUUAAAGACCUAUCAGAAGCACCGGGCCUCCUUAGUGAGCAGGCGGGAUGCAUGCGAUGGCGCCUGCGCCCAGGCCCGCCCUUGGAAACGCGGUGGAAACUGCUGAGGCGGCCUUGGUGACGCGUUCCAGCAAGCCUGAUGCCUCUACCGGGACCAUGAAAUUGACCCGCAAGGCGGUGCUGUCCCGGGCGAAGGCCACCGAGCUGGGCAGCGUCCGCAAGCUGAAUUGCUGGGGUAGCCGCCUAGCAGAUAUUUCAAUCUGCCAUGAGCUUCCCAAUGUUGAAGUAAUCACUUUCAGUGUGAAUAACAUCUCUGACCUUGAGCCAGUGAGCCAGUGCCAGCAUUUAACUGAGCUGUAUCUGAGGAAGAACCGGAUUGCAAGCCUCGCUGAGCUGUUCCACUUGAAAAAACUGCCCUGCUUGAGAAUCCUCUGGCUGUCUGAAAAUCCCUGCUGUGGCCUGGACCCUCAUCGUUAUCGCAUGACAGUGUUGCGUAACCUCCCCAGCCUCCAGAAACUUGACAAUCAGUUGGUGACAGAGGAAGAAUUGUCCCAUGCACUUCUGGAAGGGGAAGAGAUAACAGCACCCCCAGCCAAAUUAGACCUGGAUAAUUCCUGCCAAAACACUACCAUGGACUCCAGUGCAACAGACUUUACAGCAGAGAGUGAAAAUGAACUGAUAAACUUCAGUCUGGAGGAGACAAACAAAAUCCGUCAGCAGCUUGGUAUGAAGCCUGUUCCAAGAGAUAAGUUUUCCUCCUUCUCACCAAGGGAAGUGGAUGGGACCCGAAAGAAUCAGAACAACAUCCUGAAUGCCAUCCUGCUGCUUUUGGAGGAGUUGGAUUCGGAGGGGCUAGAAGUCAUCUAUCAGACAUCUGGAAACAAACUGCAGGCCUUACAGAAGAAGGAGCUGCAUGAGGAACGAUAGCAAACCACAGGCAGUGAAACUGUUAUCAGACUUCCAUCACCAGCUCUCACUGAACGCUGUCUGUGCUUCUGAGCAGUGUGUGGGAAUGUGCUGUUGUGCACAGGAAGAAAUGACAUUCAUCCCCCUGUGCGCCAUGUAUGAAGGCCUUGCUCUACAAUGAGAUUUCAUCUGUUGCUACAACUCUGUGCAUCUUCUCCCCAGUGUUCCACAAAGGCUCUCCAUUGAGGGCAAACAAGCAUGCCCAGAACUGUGGAAUGUAGUUUUCACAUGGAAGGGAGAUGGCUGUUGUGCCCUUUGUGUCCAAGAUGUGCCUCCAGCUGGAAGAAUUGCUCCUAGUCUCGUUCUGCUAAGAAUAAGCCUGGACUGUAGGAAUUCUGUUAGCAUGAUAUGCUCUUCGUUUGUAUUGCACUGCUGUGCUGGUGCAAGAAUAGAUUUGAUGCCUCCCUCCUCUUACAAUGAGGAGCCUUUGACAAUAAUUUGGCAACUUAAGGCCAGGGGUUCACAGAAGAGUCCUUUAAAAAUCAUUGAACUUUUAAAUUUAACUUUAGAGACCUCAAACUCAGUGGUAUCCUUCUAGUUUCUCCCUGUGGUGCUUUGGACUAGAAAACAGGAGUAUCAGCUGUAGUCAGACCAUUUUGUGAUUUGCUUGGAUGUUUUAUUUUUGUUUGAUAAAGAAGUCUGCUUCUGCUUUCUCUAA